ACGUUCUUUGGUUUUGGUAGUCGCAGACCCGAUUCUGCUGCAUCUAUGGCUGCCGUGUCGGAGGUGGAGGUCGACGGCGUCGUCUUCCCGCCGGUGGCCCGCCCGCCGGGCUCCGCCGGCCGCACGCAUUUCCUCGCCGGUGCAGGUGUGAGGGGAAUGGAGAUCGCCGGCAACUUCAUCAAGUUCACGGCCAUCGGCGUGUACCUGGAGGACGCGGCGGUGCCGGCGCUGGGAAAGAAGUGGGCCGGCAAGUCCGCCGACGAGCUCGCCGUCGAUGGCGCCUUCUUCCGCGACGUGGUCACCGGGGAUUUCGAGAAGUUCACGAGGGUGACGAUGAUCCUGCCGCUCACCGGCGAGCAGUACUCGGAGAAGGUGACCGAGAACUGCGUCAAGGCAUGGAAGGCCGCCGGCGUGUACACGGACGCCGAGGGCGCGGCCGCGGACAAGUUCAAGGAUGCCUUCAAGCCCCACAGCUUCCCGCCGGGCGCGUCCAUCCUCUUCACCCACUCCCCCGCCGGCGUCCUCACCGUCGCGUUCUCCAAGGACUCGUCGGUGCCGGAGGACGGCGCCGCGGCGGCGGCGAUCGAGAACAGGGCGCUCUGCGAGGCGGUGCUGGACUCCAUCAUCGGCGAGCACGGGGUCUCGCCGGCGGCGAAGCGGAGCAUCGCGUCCCGCGUCACGGAGCUCCUUAAGGCGGACGCCACCGGCGACGUGCCGGCGGCGGCGGCGGCGGCGGCGGAGACCGCGCCGGUGUCCGCGUGAACACCGAGCCGUGUAAAUCGAAGAGAAAGAGGUCUUCCUACACUUCGAUAGUACACUUGUGUGAAAAUCUCAAAACGUCGUUGAUUUGUUCACAUAAUCACAUGAAAUAAAGAAGGAAUCGCGGCUGUUUUUCCAUCCCA